AUGGCUGAACAAGAACGGACCAUAGUUACUCACUACAACCUGCCAGAUCCCUCUCCGAAGGAGUGGCCCAAAGAGCUGGAUGAGAGUGACGACGAUGAUAUCGCAGACGCGGUUGGAAUUAGGCGUUCCCGCUCCCGAUAUUCCGCCCUCGAGAGGAGUGCGAGCGAGAGGAAGAGUCUGAUCCCGGGAUCGCAACGGACUGGAGACGGCCGAGCGAACCUGGUGCAGAAGGACGAACCUGAUCCUCUGGGCGUUCACCCGAGUGUUCUGAACGUGUUGAGGACUGAUGGUCUACCCGUCGAACAAGACCCACGACUGCGGAACAAGUUCAUGCUGUCAUCGACUACGUUUUCUCCUGGCAUCUUUCUCUCCCAGAUUCAUAAGGACGCAACUACGGAUGACCUGCUACGAGGAUUGCAGUACUUGUCUCGAUCAAUCGAUCAAAAGUCUGCUUCCCUUAAAGUCUUGGUUGAGACAAACUUCGAGCGCUUCGUGCGAGCUAAAGCCACGAUUGACAAUGUCUACACCGAGAUGCGAAACCAAGGCAUGGAGACACCUCCGUCUCCACGGCAUUCCCGACGCACAAGUGGCAUUCACUUCCGCAACGUCAGCAGUGGCAGUGCCGCCGGCAUGAGUGCCCCUGCUCGUCCACCCAGCAAGAACGCCCUUCGCAAAGAGACAGAGUUUGGCGUGCAAGGCAUCAAAGGCCCUCUUCUGGAAGUGUCGCAAAAGGCUGAGGAGGUAUGGGGCCCGGCUUUGGGCGGCAAGGAACGUGAGGCAAAUCUGAAAGCGAUAGUGGAAGCUAUUGCGAGUGAUCAUGCUCUGUACGAAUUGGGCUCCAACCUCGGCCAGGCCAUCAAGCAAAAGGAUUACGACAAAGCUAUCGAGCUCUACAACACCGCUCGGCGAUACGUUGCCGAGGCCAAGGCACUUAGCGAUAGGGUGGUUCAACAAGGUCGCACGCUAUCCGAUGACGAAGUGCAUAGAAUCGUUGCCAUAGGAAGAAUGUGGAACGACGCAGAUGAACAAGUCAAGAGUCUGAAGAGAGAUAUCUGGCGGAAACUGUCCAACAUUCCAGCCACCUCACUCCUCCCAAGCGCAUUCCAUGCGGAAGAACAUAUGGAACUCAUCAAUGUGCUAUUGCAACUGGGUGUUGAGGAGAGCCCGAUCUGGGUGUAUUUACUUAGUCGUUAUGACGCCCUUAAAAACAAGAUUGCGGCAGUAGUGGAAAGGUCCAAGAUCGAGAUCGAGAUUUUGCGUCGUCGGCUGGCUUCUGCGGAGCCUCCGUCAUCUCAAACAGUGGCUGCUUUCCUGCGAGAGGCUUCUAGGGACCGACCAGACGCUCUCGACAGCGGCGACGUCUCCGACUUCUGGAACUGUAUUCUCGCCUAUGUCACCAAGCUAUUGUCAUUGUCUAGUGGCUUACUUGGUGAAGUGGUUGACUUUUGGGAGUCGGCCCAAGGCUUCAUUGACGGCAGCAAACAGAAAACGCUAUCGGUGGGGUUCGAAGGGGAGAGCAGCAAGCACCACCAACUAUCCGAAACCGAAAUCAACGGACUGCGCAGCGGAGCAAUCGACUUGGUGAGCCAGCUGAGGGAUGCCGUCUUUUCACUCUUCGCAGAACCCCCGACCGAGGAUAUUUCGUCUCUUUUCUCGCCGGCCCCUGGGUCUGCGGAAACGCCCACCACUCCGCUCACAGGAGCAGCCUUUUCACCCACUGAUGGGCGCAUUGGCAGACUUGAUCCUCAGAACCUGCCUGCAGCAGCGGCAAAGAAAGGCGAACCUUGGGAAGAUUUCGCGUUCUGGCCUCCUUACUCCAACGCCCUUAGUGCAGUUCAAUACCUUGAGAAGAUCCUGACGCUUGUCGGAACCGCGGCGGGCGAAAUGGUGACCUUGGGCCCUGUGACUAACAACAACACCAUGUACGAAAAGAUCAAAGUAAUGAUCGGAGGGGCUCGCGAACGGUGUAUGCGUGCUGUUUGCGAAGCUUGGAGCAAGGAUGCCGAGAGUUGCAAGUCCUUGGAAGACUGGGUCAGGGCCCCAGAAAAGCGCGACCAGACACGCAUGCCUUUGUAUUUCGAGGCCUUUGAGAGGAAGGUCUUGCUAGGCAUGCAGCAGGUGUUGUAUUUCUCAACUACAACGACCAAACCAGGGAGCCGGGACAUCAUCACGCCGCCGCCGUCAAAAUUGUUGCAGAUGGUACGGACCCAAUUCGUGAGCAGCGUGUACAAGGCGGUCAGCGGCAUGCUCGAGAAUGCCGAAGCGCCAACAGAAGGCGACGAGGAUGACUGGGUCCUGGUGACGAGCCUCAGCUCUGUCAUUGAGGGGGCCUCCCCGGCUGAAAUCAUCACGCAAGAUGCCAUCAACGCUUCUAGCCGCAAUGUCCGGAUGUUGUUGACCAUGUCGAACCUGAAAGCCUUGCGGAAUGAGUAUGUGCCAUCACUCAUUCAGGUCUUCGAGUCCUCCUUUUCCGUCAAAUUGGCCGACGAGUCCAAGACUAUCCGAGACGUGUUCGGCCAGAUCGAUGCAAAGUUAUUCCACUCUUACACACGGCCUACGGUUGCACAGUUGACGAAGACCAUCGGAGAAGGCAUUAACUCACCAAUGUGGGCACCAACUACAGCAAGGCCAGACCAAGUCAGACCGUAUGUCUAUUCGACGCUCAUGACCCUUGUCAUGGUGCAUACAGAAGUCUCGACUACGGUGUCGAAUGCCGGCGCCAGUAGCCCUCUUCUCAGUGAGAUCCUGUCUUAUCUGCUCGAAAACGUCUCACAAGCACUUCUUGAUGGAUUCAAGGGGCGGAAACCAAACACUUACACCUUGCCUGCCUUGAUGCAGGCAACCCUAGAUACGGAGUUCAUCGCACAAACAAUGACGAGCUAUGCCACUUCCAAGGCCGGAGAGAUCCAGGGUCAGAUCUACACUGAGUUGGACAAGCGGACAACGAAUGAGGCGAGAACACGUCUGCAACAGGAACUGGGCGACAUGCGUGUCGUGUUGAAAAAGCUGCGAGAAGGUAGUCGGAACACCUUUAGUUGUUUCAGGAGACAGAGGCACUCGGACAAGGACCGUGGUCGAUCAGAGAAGAAGACGAGCGGGACGUAA